AUGGACACUGUCAACAAGAUCACCGGCGGCGAGACGCACACAGAGGAGCAAAAGCGUCAUUUCUAUGACAACCUCACCGAUGACCAGAGAAAGCAGCAGUCCUACACCGAAUGGGUGAAAGAAGCCUAUAAUGACCAAUAUGAAAAGUGGAUGCCAUGGCUCGAGGAACAAUACUUGAAAUGGUUCGGGAAGGGUGACAACAAGGCCUCCUAUGUCACAAAAGAUACCCUCGCCAAGACCAAGGCCACCGGCGUCAGGCAGCUUGACCAAGCUCAAGACGACGUCCACAACUUCGUCGGCAAUCAGCUCGGAGAGAACGGGGUCCUCGCCCCUGUCGGCAAUCUGGUAUCCAAAGAAGGAAUCAACCGCGCCGAGAGAAAUGGAAAGGAUGAGGAUGGCUCGUAUGGUGGUCCGCUCGGAGGCGUCACUGACCCCAUGGUGGACCGAGCCAAGGGGGCAGGUCAAACGCUCUCAUCAGGGGCACAGACGGUAGGCAAUUCCAUCUCCGGAGGUGUCCAGAGUGCAGGAAGCUGGCUUCAAGGCUCCUCUAGCAAGGAACCACAGUCUUGA